UCGGUAUAGGCGAUGGCGACGAACAAGGCGACGGCGACGCCAUCCGGCUCCAAGCCGAUCGCGAUCUCGAUGAACAACCCAAUCUUGGCGGCCGCGCCGCCCAACCCCAACGGCGGCAUGAACAUGGCCAUGGCACCGGCGCCGUCGGCGGCGAUUGUGGCCGCCGCCGCCGCCGCGCUCUCGAGCCAGCAUGCGCAGCAGCAGCAACAGCUCAAGCGCAUGGGCAUUGGCAUGGGCCUCGGCAUGGGCAUGCCCGGCGGCACGGCCGGCCUCAACGCCAUCCAGACCAUGAACACACUCAACAACAUGAACGUCGCUGCGAUGCAGCUCCAGAUGAACCAGCACCAGCAGCGUAUCAACGUCGCGUCGGCCAACGCGCAGCGCGCCUUUAAGCCCACGAACGUCAACGUCAACUCGGCCGUGGCGGUCGCCGUGGCGUCGGCCUCGAACGUCCCGGUGCCCGUGGUACCCGUCAACACGGCGGGCGCCGGUGCACUCAACCUCUCGGGGACGUGGGACCUGGACCGCGAGGCGUCCGACUCGACCAACGACUACCUCGAAGCCAUGGGCCUCCCGCUCAUUGCCCGCCAAGCCGCCGACAAGCUUGAUUUGACGGUCAUCAUUCUGCAGACGCCUGGCGAAUUUACCAUCACACGGCGAACGCGCAUCUUCCUCGAGACCAAGGUGCUCAAGUUUGGCCAAGACGUCAUCAUCAAGACCAACACGAUCAAGGUCAUUGGCGAGCCGACUGCGAUCAAGACGAUCACGCAUCUCUCGGGCUUCCGGGGCGUCUUGACGGAUAUCCGCACGCUGGACGAGCUUGGCCGCAUGAAGGUCGAGCUGACGCUGACGCUGCCCGACAAGGACAAGCCCAACGUGGUGAUCACGCGCUACUUCAAGAAGCUCUCGGACUCGACGUCGCUCGACAACCUGCCGCCGUUCGAGCCCUUUCCCGACCCGCCGUCCGAGAAGCGCAAGCGAUAAACGUAUAAGAUCCAUGCGGA